AUGCUCAUCAAUGCCAACCCAGUUGUCUAUGACACUCCACAGUCUUCUAGGAACCACCACAGCGAUUUAUUGCAUCCUGAGAAUGACAUGGACUUUGAUGAUUCUAUAGUUGAAACUAUUGACGCUGAAGAGAUAUUUGAGUUGAUUCGGAAUAUUAAUGAUCCAGAACAUCCGCUUACAUUGGAGCAGCUUAAUGUUGCCCGUCAGGAUCUAGUUACUGUCACUAAUAACACAAACUCUAUAUUGGUUCGUUUUACUCCAACCAUUCCACACUGCUCAAUGGCUACAUUGAUUGGUCUUUGCAUUCGGGUCAGGCUGCUUCGUUCUCUCCCUUCAAAAUUCAAGGUUGAUAUUAUUGUCACUGAAGGAACUCAUCAAUCAGAAAUGGCGGUCAACAAACAGCUUAAUGACAAGGAACGAGUAGCUGCAGCACUGGAAAACAAACAUCUUUUGGAAGUUGUUAAUCAGGUAGCGUUUGAAUAUUUGUAA